CAUUCGUAAAAAUUAUCGUAAAUCUGAUCGUAAUGCUAUUCGAUUAUCUUAUAUACCUUAUAUGGAUACUUUGAGCAAAGAAAUUGGAUGUUAUCCUUAUUCUUAUGAAAUUAUUAAAAAAUUUGGUUUUAAUUUUUGGAAAUUAAUUAUGUUUGGCAUGGUUACUCCUAUUCAAUAUCGGCUACUAGGAAGGAAUUCUUGGGAAGGUGCAAAAGAAGCUAUUUCACUUUAUAACAAACAAGAUUUUAAAGUUACUGCUAGAGGAUCAAAAG